AUGUCGUCGACACAUUCUAAUACAUCAUCUCGAAUACAAAUGGAUCAAGGUAUUCAACAAUUAUUAAUAGCUGAACGUCAAGCAGCUGAAUUAAUAAGUCAUGCAAGAAUAAGUAAACAAGAACUGUUAAAACGAGCGAGUCGAGAAAGUUUAAGAGAAAUUGGUUUCUAUCGUAAACAACGUGCCCAUAUUUAUGGACAAAAAUUGAGAGAAGUAACACAAAUUGAACAAUUUCAAGCAAAACUGGACAUAGAUCAAAAAGAAAAAAUGGAAAAAAUAGACAAAUAUUAUAAUAAAACAAAAGAAACUUUAAUUUAUUAUAUUACAAAUCAGACACUUGAUGCUCCCAUUAAAUCUCAUAUAAAUGCGAAAUUAAUGUUCGAUAAAUAG